AUGGGGCAGCGUGUCCCUCCCAUGUCAUCCUGGCCCCACACCACCAGCCAGGCUUUAUGUCUCCACCUGGUACUGGCCCAACAAAUAACUCCCUGUGGGUGGUUUCUUUCUCUUCCAGCUUCUGCCAUGCUGGCACUCCUCCCUGUGCUGCCCUGCCUGCUGCUGCUCCUCUCCCUGCUAGGCCCUGGCUCUGCCUCCGUUGAUGGCACUGUGGUGCUCACCAGCAGUGGUCCCGUCCGGGGCAAGCAUCUCUUAGCUGGCUCCAGCACAGUCACUGCCUUCCUGGGCAUCCCCUACGCCAAGCCCCCCAUGGGGCCCUUGCGCUUCAAGAAGCCAGUUCCCCACAAGCCUUGGAGGCGUGUCCUGGAGGCCACCAGCUACGGCAACUCCUGCCCCCAGCAAGUGUUUUCUGGUUACCCUGGCAGUGCCAUGUGGCUGCCUACCACACCGCUCUCAGAGGACUGCCUCUUCCUCAACCUCUGGGUGCCCCAGCCCCAGCCCCAGGUCCCCGCUCUGGUCCCCAUCCUUGUCUGGAUCCACAGCGGGGGAUUCUUCAUCGGCACAGCCUCCCUUGACGUCUAUGAUGGGCGCUUCCUAGCCGCCACUGAGAGCGUCAUUGUGGCCUCCAUGAACUACCGGCUAGGGGCGCUGGGCUUCCUCUCGCUGCCGCCAGCCGCCCCAGGAAACGCCGGCCUGUGGGACCAGCGCCUGGCACUGCGCUGGCUGCAGAAGAAUGCAGCCGCUUUUGGUGGGGACCCAGCACGGAUGAUGCUAUUUGGCCAGAGCGCUGGUGGUGCCUCGGUCGCCUUCCACCUCCUCUCACCAGGGAGCCGGCACCUCUUUGCCCGGGCUGCGCUGCAGAGCGGGGUCGCCAAUGCACCUUGGGCUUCACUGAGCCCAAAGGAGGCCAGAGAGAGAGCCCGGGCACUCGGCCGACUGAUGGGCUGUGGCAAGGGCAGUGACGGUGCUGUGGUAGACUGUCUGAAGAGGAAAGAUUCGGAGGAGUUUGUCCGACACGAUUUCACCAUCACAAGGAACAAGAGGCUGGUUGAUUUCCCCUUCUUGCCCACGGUGGAUGGGGAUUUCCUCCCUGAUGAGCCACGGCGGCUGCUGGAGGCCGGGCACAUCCACACCAAACCCAUCCUCACCGGCAUCACUGCCAAUGAAGGUUCCAUGUUCCUGAUGUUCGGCGCUCCUGGAUUCAGCCUGGGGAAUGACAGCCUGAUCGGCUGGGAGGAGCUGGUGGAGGGGGUAAGGUUCAUGGUGCUGGGAUUGCCAAAGCUCUCCAUCCAGGCAGCAGCGUUGAGGUACAGCCAAGAGGGGAAGGCUCGUGGCCUGGCGCAGCACCGCUGGGCCAUGAACCAAGCUGCCAAUGACUACCUCUUCUUGUGCCCCAUGACUGAGCUGGCCGGGCAGCUGGCGAAUGCUGGGACCCCCACGUAUGUCUACUUCUUUGCACACCGCUCUUCCGGCUCGCUCUGGCCCCACUGGAUGGGGGCGGUGCACACCACCGAGCUACUCUAUCUCUUUGGGACCCUGGCAUCCGAGGGGGGAGCCAACCACACAUACACGGAGGCCGAGGCGGCACUCAGCCAUAGGGUGAUGCGGUACUGGGCGGAGUUUGCCAGGACUGGGAGUCCCACAGGGCCAGACAGGAGCAAGGGGCACUGGCCCCUCUACAACACCACAGAGCAGAACUUCUUUCACAUCAGCAAGAAUGAGUCUCAGGUCAAAGGGCCAUUGACCACGCGGCACUGCAGCUUCUGGGCACGUCUUGAGAGGAUCUCCGGACCCAAGGAGCUGUGAUGUGCCCUGACGAAUGGGAAAGUGACAGAAGAUCUCUGCUCAUCCUGACUGGUUUCAUGCCCCCUGUGAAACAUGGAAACUACAGCAGCACAGCACCCUCUUACACCAAUGGCUUCUGCACGGCCUCCGAGAGGAGAACGCCCCCAUCCAGUCGUCCAUCCCACCAUCCUGCACCACUUGGCCUUUUCUCUCCCAUCCAUGUACUUUGCAGAUCCAGGCCCCGCCUUGCUUGUAUUCACAGCCCUUUGCUGCUAUUAACAAGCUUGCUUUGUGUUGUGCAAGCCAACAGAUCCCCAGGGCCUAGGGGGCGAAUGGAGACCAGAACAAAGAAACUCUCACGUGGGGGGAAUAUCACUGUCCGGCCGGGUGAAGGGAUCUUGCGGCAGGACAGAGGAUGACAGCACCGCCCCCGCAUCUGUCUAUUCUCAGACCCCCCAAAUCCAUGCUCUGCAGACCUCAUUGCUAGGUACAUCUGGAGAGCACCCUGCCCUCUCAGCUCCCAAACCACCUGCUUCUGUCAAAGAGAGAUAUUACUGCUCCCCUCUUACCCUCUCUAUGGGGCCCAUGAUCACACCCACUGAGCCAGGCUCUCAUAUGUCCCAGAGUGCUUCCGCUCCUGGGCUCCAGCCCCAAGAGGGGUCAAACCCUUUCUCACACCAUGAUUCAGCAAAUUGCACCCCAGAGAACUGCCAUCCAUCCCUCAUCCACCACACACACCUCUGGGGUCGUGAUGCCCCCCCCCCCAACCACACACUCAUUGCUGCUGAUUGGUUCAUUAACAACGACCAUGACAAUGAACUGGCCAACCAUCCAAAGUUUUCUGCUGAACCCCAAGUGGAUUAAAGAAUUUCCAUCCUGGA